CCCUCCCUCCCUCUCUCCCUCUCUCUCUCUCUCUCUGUCUCUCUCUCUCUCUCCUUCUCUUUUCUUUCGGGGGGAGCUGGUAUCUCUGGCGGUUUGCCGCAUGGAAGUCGCCCAGGCAAGGCACAAUAUCAGCUGUCUGAUCCGGACUCCUUCUCUCCAGUUGCCGACCACAGCACGAGCAGACACAACACCACACUCACAUUUACUGGGAUUCAGCGGGAUAUAACGGCAUUUAUCCGUUUCACGACUGACAGGAGAGACUAAGAUCCCGGCUUCAUUCCAGCCGAGGGGGGAAUAUUUCUUACUCAGAUGUAACAACCACAACAACAACAACAACAAAAGACGUACCGGAUCGUCAAGUGCGCAAAAGCCACAGCUUUAAACAUUCUGUUCUAUUUCUAUUUAUUUUCUGUUCCCUUCGUCCCCUGCACGGACAAACCGGGGACCGGAGGUAGGGGGGGACCUCCACGGUAUGGAGUCCUGAUUUUACCAAGCGACCCACCGGGAGGAAUGAAACUGAGAAAAUACGUCGCCGUGGUGGAAUAUUAAUAACCCAGUCCUGACAAUAAUCCAGGGGAUGUUGCAGCAGAGUUUGAGACUCUAGUGAGCAUCCCAACUUUCUUGGUCUCAAUUUUUAAUCUCUUUCCCUCUCCUCCUCUUCGCCCGUGGGACUUCUAUUUUCGUGACUGAUUUGCAGUACUUCACUCUCUGUCAUGGACCGGUCGACGUCUUUGGAUAUAGAAGCGCUCAAGAUGACACAGGAGCAGUAUAUCCUUGCGGCGCAGCCCAACCCGCUCCACCAACGGGGGGCGUCGGUGUGUGGUGCCCAAGUAUACCCAGCAGUGGGAAUCUACGGCUGGAGGAAGAGAUGCUUGUACUUCUUCAUCCUCCUGCUUCUCGUUACAAUGAUCGUCAACCUGGCGCUCACCAUCUGGAUCCUCAAAGUCAUGAACUUCACCCCGGAUGGUAUGGGGAAUCUGCGGGUGACAAAGGAAGGUGUCAGAUUGGAGGGAGUGUCUGAAUUCUUACUGCCUUUAUACGUCAAAGAGAUCCAGUCUCGUAGGGACAGUCCAUUGAUCCUUCAGUCAGACAGAAAUGUGACUGUCAACGCCAGGAAUGAUCAGGGACAACUGACCGGUCAGCUAACCGUGGGUUCAGAGAUGGUAGAGGCUCAGUGUCAGAGGUUUGAGGUGAGGAGUGCAGAUGGAGAGACAGUUCUGUUCUCUGCAGAUGAAGAGGAGAUCAGCAUUGGUACUGAGAAACUCAGAGUCACAGGGAAUGAAGGCGUGGUGUUCAGCCAUUCUGUAGAGACAUCACAUGUAAGGGCAGAACCCUUCCAGGACUUAAAGUUGGAGUCCCCAACUCGGACCCUUACCCUGGAGGCCCCCAGAGGUGUCGAGGUCAACGCUGGAGUGGGAGACUUCACAGCGUCCUGUAGGAAAGACCUCCUCUUGCAGUCCUCAGAAGGAGAGAUCUUUCUAGAUGCCAACACCAUCAGGCUGGGCAACAUUCCCCUCGGCAGUGCUGUGGACCCCUUGGAGGGAGCACCUGCCGGUACCACCUACACUAAACAGACUGUGUACGAGCUGUGUGCCUGCGCUAAUGGCAAGCUCUACCUGUCCCCAGCUGAGAAAGGCUCUACCUGCCAAACCACAAGUAACUUUUGUCUCUGGAGCUGAAAGUAGGAGGAUGACACACACCUGGGACAUAUGGACUAUUGGAGUUUGAAGCUAAUGCUAGCCAACAGACUGAAUCAUCGUGGAUUAUAGCUUGGUGGGAAGCUAAUACCAGCUAACAGACCGAAUCAACAUGGAUUGUAGCAUGGCAAGAAGUUCAUGUCCGUUAACCAACCGAAUAAUAUGGAUUAUGGCUUGGCAGGAAGCUAAUGCUUGCUAACAGACCAAAUCAACAUGGACUGUGGCUUGGUGGAAAGCUAUUGCCAGCUAAAGGACUGAAUCAAAAUGGACUAGAGCUUGGUGAGAAGCCAGAUCACCGACCAAAUUAAUAUGGAUUGGUCAGUAGCUAAUGCUAGUCGAGAUGAUGGAUGACUUGGCAGGAAGCGAAAGCCAGCGAGGUUAGCUUGUGGUUUUGAUACUAAUACGACUCAUGGUCAUGGAUGGACAGUCUCCCUCUGGGGCUCUGUCUUUGCCAUUGCUGAAUUGCUGCCAUGACGAUUUCUGGAGGCCACAAGGAUUGCCUUUGGAGGUGGCCUGAGGACAGCAAACUCUUACAAACAAAGUGAGCUGUGUGUUCACUGUUUGACCAAAUGAUGGAAAAACAUGCCCCUGUUUUUAUUUGGAUGUGGAUAUGGUGAUGGACUGCAAAGUCGCCAGCAGGGACAUGGAAAAGGACUCUGGGUUAACCUAUAUGUUGGCUAACAGACAUCACUGAGGACUUUGGUUUAGCCCUGCAGAUAGCUAACAAUAAAUCAGACAAUGGUUUAGUCUAGUGGGAAGCUAAGGCUAGCUUACGGACCAAUCUAUACCAGAAAGGCCUUCCCCCUCCUCCCCCUCUAGUCUUUCAACCCAAAUGUUGACGUUUGACCUUUCAACAUUAAUCUGCACCUGAUAGUGACUAUGUUCUCAGAUCCCACUUUUCAUAAGAUAACUAAUGCAAAUAAUUGUGCUUCAGCCUUGCAUUCACCAGCUUUUUCCCCUUUAUAUUUUCUGAUUUUCACAUCUUAUUUUCUUUUAGUUCUCUUUCAGAUUUAAUUUUUUACUUUUUAUCUCUUGUUAUUGUAUUCUUUUUUUUCCUUCAAUAUCUUUGUAAUCUUUUAUCUGUCCAUAUUUUGCUACUUCUCUCCUUUGUCUUUUCUCCAUGCUCUAGUUAUUUUUUCUGUCUAUGCACUUACUUGCACUGGACUGGUAAAAAAAGACAAUGUCACUCUACCUAUCCACUUUCUUCCACUUGUCAGGUAAAAAAAAAAACAGAAAACGCUGGUCUGUCUGCUUUCUUUCGCAGGAGUAGUUACAAACAUUUUUACAAACCAUCACAGGUGUACCAGAUGCAGGACACCAUCUGUCCCUGCAUCUUUUGGUUUCCAGAGUACAGAAGCAAAUGGAAUAAUAAAAAGAGGAGGAAAGUGAGUCUAAGUCUUCAGUUUAAGGCUCAGGCAGAUGUUACGGCAGACAGACCGUUUUGUGAUGUGGGGCCAAACCUCCAGUCAGGCAGAGACAGCAGUCGGCCGAUGGCCAGACCAAUUUUGGUCUUGUUAUGGAGUAUUACACAUCUUCAUCCUGUGUUCCUUGUCUGUCAGACUUUUUUUCUUUCCUUUUGUAUGAUUUUCUUUUUGCCAAGUGUUGCGCUUCUCUAUCAGUCAUGUCCUUUUUUCUGUCAUUGAGAGAUGUUUCUGCUCUUUGCUUUCAUGCUCCUUUUUGUUCCUUCUUCAGCUUGCAGUAUUUUACCUCUCUUGCUCAUUAUCCACACCAUCUUUUUUUCUUUUCAGAAGUUGAAUUUAUAAAUUUUGUCUUAUCUUAUGCUUCUUCUCUUAUCGACCACUCAACAAAUGACACAUCCUGAUGUCGUUUCCACAUCCUCACUUUCUAAUCCCCUUUGGCCAUUACAAAAUCAAAUAUCAGGAAGAAUAUCCCUUCACUCUUACAUCAUGCCCCCUUUUAAAAGUUCUUCAAUGAAAGCAAGAAAAGUCAAGGGUGUCCAAAAUAUGAUUUUGGAAGUUAGUUCCUUAUAUAUCCAUCAAUCCAUCCAUCCAUUUUCUGCCACUUAUCAGGAGUCCAGUUGCAGUGGCAUCAGGCUAAGCAAGGUAGUCCAGACAUCCUUCUCCCCAGCAACAUUUUCCAGCUCUUCCUAGGGAAUCCCAAGGUGUACCCAGUCCAGAUGAGAUAUAUACUGUAGUCUCUCCAGCAUUUUCUGGGUUUACCCAGGGUGUUUUGCCAAUGGGAUGUGCCUGGAAAACCUUCAGUGGCAGGUGCCCACGAGGCAUCCUGAUCAGAUGCCUGAACCACCUCAUCUGGCUCCAUGAGGGAGCAUUGGCUCUACUCCUAGCUCCCCCCAGAUGUCUGAGCUCCUUACCCUAUAUAAGGGAGCCUCGCCACCUUACAAAGGAAACACAUUUCAGUCUUGCGUAUUCACCAUCUCAUUCAUUUGGUUACCUCCCAAAGCUUAUGACCGUAGGUGAGGGUUGGACAAAGAUUGACUGACUGGUAAAUCAAAAGCUUUGCCUUCCGUCUCAGUUCCUUCUUCAUCACAACAGUCUGGUGCACCAAUCUGCCCGUCGAUCUCACGCUCCAUUGUAGCAUCACUCAUGAACAAAACACAGAGAUACUUAAACUCCUUACCUUGAGCAAUCCACCAUUUUCCGGCAGAUAACAUGGCCUCAGACUUUGAAUUGAUGACUCAUUCCAGCCUCUUCAUUCUCAACUGCAAACCUUCCCAGUGUAUGCUGUAAGUUAUGUUCUGAUGAAUACAAAAGAAUCUUUGAAAAGCAGAGAAGCUUUUCUGAGGACCCCAAACCAAACACAAUCCCCAACUGUUCCUUGAGAUCCUGUCCAUGAAAAUCGGUAACAUGAUCGGUAACAAAUGACAACCUUGAUGGAGGCCAAAACCAACAGGUAAUGUGCUUGACCUGCUAGUGAGAACAUGGAUACAACUCUCACUCCAGUUAUAUAAGGACUGGAUGGCUUGUGAUAAUGGCCCUGGUACCCCAUAAUACCGUAGUGCUCCCCACAAGACCCCCUGAGGGACACGGUUAUAAUCUUUCUCCAAGUUCACAAAACACAUGUAGACUGGAAGGGCAAACGCCCAUGACCCAUCCAAUAAUCUCAAGGCUGAAGAAUUGGUCCACUGUUGUCCAUUGCUCUUCCUGUAUCUGAGGUACGACAAUCAGUCAGAGCCUCCUUUCCAGUACCCUGGCAUAAUAUUUAGAGGCUGAGCAGUGUAAUACCCUGAUAAUUAGAGCACACCCUCCGAUCCUCCUUUUAAUAUGGGAACCACCACCCAGGUCUGCGAGUCCACAAGCAUUGUGCCCAACCUGUGUAGGACUGAAAAGGCAUGUCAGCCAAGACAGCCCAACAUUGUCCAGAGCAUUCAGCAUCUCAGGCCAAAUCUCAUCCACACCUAUUGUCUUACCGUUGAGGAACUGCUUGACUACCUCACAGAGCUCUGCUGGAGACAUGAGUGAGGCUUCCCUUGGUCUUCAAACUCUGUCUCCUUUUCAGUUGACUUGUUGGUCGGAUUCCUCAAGGUGUUCUUUUUCCGCCGCCUGACCAUAUCCCCAGUCAGAGUCAGCAGCUCUCCUCUCAUGCUGAUGCUUGGGCCAAGCCCUGCUUUCCCUUCCUUAGUCGUCUGAUGUUAUGCCAGAACUUCCUUGAGUCCAGCCAAAAUUCCUUCUCUGAAAGUCUCCCUGAACUCCUCCCACACCCAGGUUUUUGCAUCUGCAGCAGCCAAAGCCCACCCGGCCCAUCUGCUUCUUGAGGAGACCCCUGGGUCAACCAUGCCAGUCCUCCUUCAUCUUGAUGGUCUCCAUCACUGCUGUCCACUGCUGUUCUGAGGUCGACACCAUGACCACAAGUCUUAGCAGGGUGCCUCCACAAUGGAAGCUUUGGACAUGCCCCACUCAGAUUCCUCAACUUCCUCUGGGUUGCAUGAAAAAAUGCAUGUAUCAAGAGUUCAAUACCUUGCUGACAAGGGCCUCUGUUAGGCAUUCUAGGCUCAUCCUCAAUACACAUUUGGGUUUACCCUAUCUGUACAGCAGACUCCCCUACCAUCUCACCAGUUGACAGCUCCACUCCUCUCUUUGCUUGAGUGUCCAAGACAAACAACUGCAGAUCUGAUACUACCAUCACAACACUGAUCAUUGAUCUUACACCUUAGGUGUUCUGGUACCAGGUACACUUAUGAACUACCCUGUGCUCAAACACAGUGUUUGUUACAGCCAAUCCAUGAUGAGCAUGUAAGUCUGAUAAUAAAGCACCACUCAGGUUAAGAUCAGACAGGCCGUUCCUCUCUAUCUCCCUCUCUGGGUUUCUCCAUUGUUGCCCAUGUGACCACUGAAGGUGCCCAAGAGGACUAUAGAGCCUCCCAUGACACCACCCAAAAACCUUCAUGACCCCACCCAGAAACUCCAAGAAGCCCCCCCAAAUACACACACACACACACACACACACACACACACACACACACACACACACACACACACACACACAGCUCCAAGGAUCACCAGGACACACAAACCCCUCCACCACAUUAUGACAUACAUAAUAUACAAUCUCAGAUAAGUCUCACAUGGGGACAUUGGUGUGAAUGGCCUCAAGCUGGCUAACCUAGCACCCAACCUCUGCAAUGGCUGGAAAUCAUAGGAAAUCAGUGAAUUUGUGUGUUAGAAAUCCCCCUGGAAGAAAUUAUGGAUGGAUUUGGUUCUAUGUGUAUGGACUCAGCUGGAACAAGGUCCUGAGGCGUACUUUCUUUUUUAAAACAAAGCGAUACACAGGUGCCUUUGCUGCUGUUGGUAAAAGCACAUCACAGUCUGAACGUUCACACUACCCUCAGUGGACCAUCUGCAAGUGUCUCUGGACAAAGUAUCUAUUUAUCAAUCUACCUAUCUAUCUAUUUAGUUUUCUGUCUUUUUUCUCCCCUUCUCUCCUGGUUUUGUAGAACUCUCAGUAUAUCCAGCUGAAAAAAAAGAACAAUUCAGUCCUGGUUUAAAGUUUAAUUUUCUGAUGUGUUCCCUUAUGGUUUUAUUCUUGAUAAUUAAAAAAAAGCACAAAUUAUGCCAUGUAUAUAACAAUACCAAUAAAAUACAAAAUAAAGUAAUAUUGUUUUUAAAGAGAAUCUCUGGAGUCUUCGUUGUUGUAAAAUCUGUAAUGAUCACUUUUAUUUCCCUAACUAGUGUCACCCUUGUCUGUUGGGCUGACCAUGUGUCCUUUUGAUUGCUUCCGGUGCAGUUUCAUACAAGUUUUAGUGUAUCUGAUACUCAAUAAGGACAAAGCCAACAACUAUUUCCAACUAUUAACAACAAUCUGCCCCUAAAAAUUCAGAAUAUGUGUAUUGAUUACCGUGAACAGUCUUGACCUGAUAAAAAAAAACACAAACAGUGAUGAGUCACCAUGGCACACAACCUCCCACCUUCUCUCACUCUCUCUUUUCUCGUAACUCUUUACAUCUGACUUUUUCUUUCCUUGCUUCUCACUGCCUUUUAUUGUCACUCCAUUUGAUAUUCUGUAUCAUCUUCCAACAGUAACAAUAUAUUUACAUUUAUGCAUUAGCUAUUAUAGUUAUUACAUUUUAUUUAAUUGGAGGAAAGCCAUGGAAACUGAUGGUGUUGAUUUAGCAUGUUUUCUUAGUCUUUCACUUUUCUUGUCUUUCUUCUGUAACAGGAAUCUCUGUAAGCACACACAUCCAAGUGCAUGCUUUCAUAUCAGGAUGCAGCACAAAGCACUCAAUGGCCAGCACUUUAUUUCAUUGUCAUUUCAAAUGUGUUAAUCGACCGACAGGCCUGUUGACAGUAAUCGGAUAACUUUAUAGAAGCAAGCUAUAUUUCCCUCCUUUGCUGCAGACCUUCACUGUUUUCAGUAACACUCAAUUUCAUUUUUUACUGUUCCAACUUUUUUUUUCCAAGUUCCCACACCUUGCCAAUUGUGGUGUCUUUGUCAAUUUCAAGGUUCAGCCAUUGAAAUCUGCACUUUGG